AUGCAGCAGCAGCGGCUGCUGCUACCCUGUGCAGCUCGCUGCAGGGGGCCCCUCCUGGGGGGCCCCCAGGGGCCCUUCGGGGGCCCCCACCUGCCCCCUACAGCAGCAGCGCCAGGGGGCUGUACUGUCACUGCUCCUCUAAGAAUUCCUGCUGCUGCUACUGCUGCUGCUCCUGCUGCUGCUACUGCUGCUGCUGCUUCACUUGCUCCUGCAGCAGCAGCAGCAGCAGCAGCAACAACAGCAGCAGCAUCAGCAGCAGCAGCAGCAGCAGCAGCAGCAGGAACAGGGGCCCCCCUUGGCUGUUCAGCUGAGGGGAGACGACAUGCUUCGGCCCUAAGUCGAUUGCUAGGGCGCUUCUUUCCCUCUCCUACAGCACCAAAACCCACCCAGCAGCAGCAGCAGCAGCAGGCGCAGCAGCAGCAGCAGGAGCAGCAGCAGCAGCAGCCGCAGCAGCAGCAGGAGCAGCAGCAGCCUCAGCAGGAGCAGCAGCAGCAAAAGGAGCAGCAGCAUCCAGCUGUUGUACUCUCUAGUUCUGCAGCUGCCGGUCCGCUUCCUGCGGCAGCAGCAGCAGAAGCAAAUGCUGCAGCUCCUGCUGCUGCUGCUGCUGCUGCUGCUGCUGUACAGGAAGCGGCUGUGCCUCGUGAAUCUGCUGCAGCAGCAGCAACACCACCAGAUGCAGCAUCAGCAGCAGCACCAGCCGCAGCACCAGCAGCAGCAGCACCAGCAGCACCAGCACCAGCAGCACCAGCAGCACCAGCACCAGCAGCACCAGCAGCACCAGCACCAGCAGCACCAGCACCAGCAGCACCAACAGCAGCAGCAGCAGGAGAGAGGGGCCCCAGCAGCUCUCCUGUCUCACAGGCGGAGCGCCAAGGGUGGGGUUGUGUUUAUUUGGGUCCUCAUUACAUUUCUGCUGCUGCUGCAGCAGAUGUGCUGCUGCGGCCACCCGCAGCUUCGCUGCAGCUGCUGCGCCCGCAGCUGCCUCCAGAAGCAGCAGCAGCAACAACAGCAGCAGCAGCAGCAACACCCAGAAGACUGCAUGCAGAAAUACUCGAUACCGGUUCGUGGUGCAGCAACAGGCACACUAACGACGACCCCAGCAGCAGCAGCAGCAGCAGCAGCAGCAGCAGCAACAGCAGCAGCAGCAGAAACAGCAGCAGAAACAGCAGCAGCACAAGCAUAAACGCCCAAGGACACCUGAGGCCUUCACUACGCGGAUCUGCUGCUGCUGCUGCUGCUGCAGUCGGCAUGCGGAGCUCGCUGAUGCCGCCAUCGCAGCAGCAGCAGCAGCAGCAGCAGCAGCAGCAGCAGCAGGUAGAAGAAGCAGCAGCAGACGCUGCUGCUGCUGCGGCGCUGCAGCAGCAAAUCCAGCCGCUGCCGAACAGCGAGGCAGCGGGUCUCAGCGCGAGGCUGCAGCAGGCAGUGCAGCAGCUUCAGCAGCAGCAGCAGCAGCAGCAGCAACAGCAGCAGAAUGCUGCUGCUGCUGCAGCUAGAAACCCCCUGUCUUGGUGGCAGAGCCCUACACAUCUGCAGCAGCCGGCUGUACAGACAGCUCUGCAGCUGCUGCGGCAGCAGGCAUCUGACGAAGCAGCAGCUGCUGCAGCAGCAGCAGCAGCAGCAACAGCAGCAGCAACAGCAGCAGCAGCAGAAGCAGCAUCAACAGCGGGUGGGAUAUCGAGAAGAACAUUUGAUAGAACUGCUGCUCAGCAGCAACAGCAACAACUGCUGCUGCAGCAGCAACUGCUGCUGCAACAGCAGCAGCAGCAGCAGCAAGAAAGAAUAGAAGCAGUUGCUCGGGCGAUGCGCCAAUACGAGGCUGUAGGGGAGCCGUCUUCCUUUGCUGCAUGCAGCAGCAGCAAUGCAGGUGCAGCAGCAGCAGCAGCAGCAGCAACAGCAGCAGGAACAGGAGCAGCAGCAGCAGCAGAAGAACUGCAGCAGCAGCACCCAGCUGCUCUGCUGCAGUCAGCACUGGGGGCCCUAGAGGAGAGUUUGCUGCAGGGGGCCCCUCGUGUGUCUCAAAGCGCACCAGUUGCUGCUGCUGCUCCCGCAGCAGCAGCAGCAGCAGUAGCAGCAGCAAGAGCAGCAGCAGAAGCAGCAGCAGACAGAAGCAGCAAGGAACUGGGGGAGGAGCUGCUGAGCCACCUGUCCUGGGUGCGGUGGGCGGUGAAGAAGAUACAGCUGCAUGCGGGGAGGCAGCUGCUGCAGCAGCAGCUGCAGCGGAUGCAGCAGCAGGCAGCAAAGCAGCUGGGGGGGCCCACAGCAGCAGCAGCAACAGCAGCAACAGCAGCAACAACAGCAGCAGCAGCAGCAGCAUCUGCUCCACAGGUGAAGCUUGUCUCACGCAGGAUAGGGACGCCGUGUCUCUUUGCUCUGAGGGAGUGGCUGGCGCAGCAGCAGCAGCUUGCUGCUGCUGCUGCUGCUGCUGCUGAGCCGCCGCUGCAGCAGCAGCAGCAGCAAGAGGAGCCGCUCUAUCCCGCGCAGCAGCAGGAACAGCAGCAGCAGCAGAUUGCUGCUGCACUCGCGGACCUGCUGCAGCGAGCAGCAGAAGAGACACAGGAGAAAGAGGGCCUCAGCCUCCCCCGCAUACAAACCCUAACAGCAAUACUACUGGACGAUGCUGCUGCGCUGCGCCAGCAGCUGCAGCAGCUGCAGCAGCUGCAGCAGCAGCAGCAGCAGCAGCAGCAGCAGCAGUUGCUGCAGCAGCAGAUGCCGCAGGCAACCGCAACGGAGAAAGAGGAGGCAGCCAAGACAAGCGGAGGAGAUGGAACAACAACAGCAGCAGCAGCAGCAGCAGAAGCAGCAGCAGCAGAAGCAGCAGCAGCAGCAGCAGGGAGCGAUGCCGAUGCCUACUUAGCUUCCCUCAGUAGUCACGCUGCAGAACGAAGGCGUCAGCUGCUGCUGGAGGUCGCAGAACAGCAGCAGCAGCAGCAGCAGCAGCAGCAGCAAGAAAGUCUAUCCUCAGCAGCAGCAGCAGCAGCUGCUGCUGCUGCUGCCGCUUCUGCUGCCGCAAGGCCUUUGUCUGCUCUGCUGUCUUCAGGGGGUGUGGGGGCCCCUGGGGGCCCCAAGGAGCUGCGGCGAGGCAAGAACAACAAAGCAGCAGCAGCAGCAGCAGCAGCAGCAGCAGAUGUGCUGCAGUGCAACAACAUAACAGUUGGUGGUUUGGCUCGGCAUCUGCAGCAAGCAGCAGAAAGGGUACUGGCGCUAUCUAGGACCCUGCUGGGGGCCCCCGGGGGGCCCCCCGUUACCCUCGAUACAAAGAUAAGCGAAGAAGAAGCAGAGUUUAUUAGUGAUGAGCUAAACUGUCUCCAUCGUCUCAGGCUCAGCAGCAGAACAAAUACACUGCAGCAGCAGCAGCAGCAGCAGCAGCAGCAGCAGUUGAGAGCUCCACCUGUUAUUACUGUUCUGGGGCAUGUAGACCACGGAAAGACAACGCUGCUCGAUGCGCUACGCAAAUCAUCUGUUGCUGCUACAGAGGCUGGGGGCAUUACCCAGACGGUGAGCAGCAGCAGCUUCGCCCUCGCGUCUCUGCAGCAGCAGCAGGAGCAGCAGCAGCAGCAGCAGCAGCAUGUGACGUGCGUAGACACCCCAGGGCACGCAGCAUUUGCUUCUAUGCGUCGGCGGGGAGCAGCAGCAACAGAUAUAGCUCUGUUGGUUGUUGCUGCUGAUGAAGGAGUGAAGCAGCAAACAGAAGAAUGCAUAAAAAUAAUACAACAGCAACACCUCCUCUUUGUUGUCGUCGCCACAAAAAUGGAUAGAGAAGGAGCAACACUAGACAGGGUGAAGAAGGAUUUGGCUGCCUUCGGCAUCAUCAGCGACCAGGACGGAGGAGACGUCCCAUUUAUCCCGGUGAGUGCACAUACGGGUAUGGGUUUAGAGGACUUGGAGGCCUGCAUAUCUCUGCUGGCUGAGUCUCUGCCUCAUCUAUCAAUCUCACCGCCCCCAUCAGCAGCAGCAGCAGCAGCAGCAGCAGCAGGAGCAGCAGCAGCAGCAGGCGGGGGGGCCCCCGUUGCUGCAGCAAGAGCUUUUGUACUGGAUCAGCGUGUACACCCCAGCAGGGGCCGCAUACUGCAUGCAAUCGUCCGCUCAGGGUAUAUACAAGAGGGGGCCUGGGUGGCUGUGGGGCCCUACUAUGGCCGCAUAAAAAAGCUAUAUGCCCCCCAGGGGGCCCCCCCAGGGGGCCCCCAGGGGGGCCCCCAUGGGGGCCCCCAGGGGGGCCCCCAGCAGCAGGGGGGCCCCAAGAGGGUACUGUAUGCAGGCAUGAAUCAAGCAGUAGAGAUUGCGGGGCUCGGAGAGAUUGAGGCGUCAGCGGGGCAGUUGAUAGUACAGACAAAGACACAGCAGCAAGCUGCGAAGCUUGCUGCUAUGGCGCAGCGGGCUUUACAGGCGCGAGCCUCCCAGAAGCAAGGCGACGAUGCCUCGGCGUCAGAGCGCCAGGCUACAACAUAUCUGGCUGAGCGGCUGCGGCACUCAGGCUGCAGUGUGUUACCGGAGUACGCCAGCCUCACGGGGGCCCUCGUCUUUGCCUUUGGUGUGCCUCUCCUAGAUCAAGCCAGGCUGGAACCUCCCCGCGAAAGCUGCCACGGAGACCCCUCAACUCCCCCCCAGCCCUCCUUCAAGGCCUCUGGCUGCAAACCCUUUGACCCGGCCGACCCCUCCUUGCCCGCUGCGGCUGGAGGCUACCCGCAGCAGCAGCAGCAGCAGCAGCAGCAGGAGCAGCAGCAGCAGGAGCAGCAUCUUGGAUGGAGGCGGUUUGCUCCCCAGGGCCAGCCGCAUGCAGCCCCAAAACUUGAAUACCCCAGAAGUGCCGAGUCAGCCAUUUACGCUUGGAGAGACGGUGGCUCGCGCCCGCUGCGCCUUCUUAGCCUCCCCGGCGGCGCCUCGCAGACACCACCAGCGCAUGCACAGCAGCAGCAGCAGCAGCAGCAGCAGCAGCGGCAGCGGCAGCAGCAGAGGAAGCGCCUCUCAAGGGGCCCCCUCCCCUUCCCUGCCUUGAUGCAGCCGCCGUCUCUCUUUGCGUUAGGGGGCCCCCAGGGGGCCCCCAUCCUAACCCCCCCCUGA